GUGCAACUGGGAAAUGCAGGAUUUUACUCAGAGGACAAGAAGUGCUAUCAUCGUGUAGAUGACAUUGCUGAUGUCGAGAACUUUGCCGAGGUGUUCUAUCGCGCAGCUACCGAAGAAGGUGCAGUUCGGCAGGAGCAUGGUGGUCGUCUCAACCAAUUCCUCAAAAGUCAUGAUAUUGACGAAUGGAGCACAGCUUUUCUUGAUCCCAGCUGGACUCACGAAGUUAUCCGACCAACUGAGAUUCGACAAAUCGCCGAUUUCUACUUGCUAAUGGCGCAGACUGCGCAAAUCCGACGUCAAAUCGUCGAGGUGGUUCUGAAAGGAAUGCCCAUUCGGCCACAUUUUGCUCUAUCUCUUGAGAAUGCCAAGAAUUCUCUCGAGAAUUGUUGUAUGGCGGACUCGAAUCUUUUGGUGUUGGAGACGACUACCCAUAGUGAAGAUGACGACGUUGCUACUAACACUCAUGCUACGUUCGACAUCACCGAUGAACUCACUGAGCUUCAGAAGGAUCUUGCUUUCCUUUCUUUCAUCCAGUCUGACGAAAUAAAUAACGUUGAGCAGUUCGUUGAUACUCUCGGCUCAUUCCAUCCGUCAGGUCCAACCGCAUUUGCUGCUGAGGUGGAGAAGGCUGCAGCUUUGUUGUCUCUCGGAGAUCAUUUCCAUUAUUUGUUCACAGAC